UCAGCCUCCCCACAAGAACGGGUCGAGUUACAAAGCCUGGAGUCUUCCUCAUCUUCUCAAGCCACCGGCUGUGGGAAAUUGAAACAUGGAAGGGGAUCCCCGGACGCCCCAGAGAUGAUCAACAAAUCGCAUAACGACUACUUCGACUAAAUCACUCAUGGGCAUCUUCCUCAGAACUGCGAAGGCAGCAGCCUUCGGUGGUGCUGGUGGCCUAGGAGCCUUCUUUUUUCUAACUCGAAAGAGCACCUUCGUGCCAAUGGACCCAAAUACGUCUCCCAUCUUGCAUAUCAGACAUGCCCAGCUGUUGAAUCCAAACAAGAACGUCACAUCGCACGAUGAUUGCAUGAGAAAGGUUCCUUUGGAUCAGAUAAAACCAGAACUCUUGCGAAAGGAGGGGGACUUGGUGAAGGCAUUCUGUGCCGGGGUUUGGAGUGGUCCAGGAUAUACGCCCCAGAGACUGAUUCUCCAGCGCAUGUUAUACGACAAUGAAACGAAAGGCCAAUUGUGGUCCCCGAAAGAAUUUCAAGAGUCGUCGUACGAGGUCGGAACCCAAAUCACAGACCAUUUUGAAGUCCUCGAACACACUCCAACGAGUAUCAUUGUUCGAUGUGGAGAUACACCUCGCAAGCGAGAGCUACGUGAAAGAGAUGGCGUAUUUGAGUUAGCAGUGGAGAUGAAACCCGAGGAAGGCGUCGCGGAAUUCCAUAUGCGCACGGUGUUGUGGCAAGGGCAAGGCAAGGCAGAUACACCACCGAUGUCUGGGCCAUUACAGUGGUUGCACCAACAAUAUGCGAAGUUGUGGAUGGAAACCGCACUGCACAACGUGACGAAGUAAUCCUGCCAAUUGGUGUCAUUAUUGUAUGGUAUACCCUGCUCAGUGAAUCAUUCACUGAUUUUAUAUAAAAAUCUAUUCAAACAAUACGUUCGGAUAGUGGUCUAAACGCUACAUGGAAAUACGCAGUUCGCUCGUGGUCCAGCCGACCUGAUAGCACGAACUUAGGGCGCAUUCAUAACACUCCUCAACCUGCUCCCGAGAAUAUCUAUAUCUCUCAUCAACUUUACAUACUUUUCUCCCAUCCCGUCGAGUGGGGCGUCUAACACUGAGGUAUAGCUAGCUGCUGAGGAAGACGACGACUGGUGUAGUCGCUCAGACGUCGUUGUCGACUCAUUUGUUCGGGGAUUAUUCUUGAUCCGUUGGCCUGUAGCUGAUGUACUGCGAAGAAAUUUCUCCCUGCCAUUCUUCCCAAAGAAUGUCAUCGUUAGUGUUGGAGUUCCACUCCUUCCAUA